AACUAAAUGCUAUUUUGUUGUCCUCAAAUCGAUAUUUAGGGUCUUGUUCUAUCUCUCCAUGCACCCCUUUCCCGCACACUUAAAUUCAAAUUUUGAAUCUUACCCACGACUCCCUCUCACCCUGAAAUUCGAUUUCUCUCUCUAAAUUCCUUAAAAUCCGAUUUCUCUCUCUAAGAAUCUUUCUAAAAGUAGCAAAAUCCAGUACGAUAUUAAACAUUAUUUACUUACUAAUAAAAAACUUUUUCACAAUAACAUUUCAAAAAGAAGAAACUUUUUGCUCACUCUGAGCUCUACACCACACUUGAAACAUAAAUCCAAUGUGAAUUUUGAAUACAAAAUAACAUAAGACCGUUACUUUUUAGGGUCUUUUGCAGGGAAGAAGCAAGCGUUUUCACAUGCUUUCUGCCAGCUUUCAUGGCGGAUUCAACCUGUGUUCUUCAUCUCCCUUACCAUCCCGACAAAACCCAAGAAUCAGAUUCUAAGGGGAAGAUGAUGUUAGGGGAAUCCAUAUCUUUUGGUAGGUUUGCAACCGACCCUUCUGUAUCUUGGGAGAAAUGGUCGGCUUUCUCUCACAACCGAUACUUAGACGAGGUCGAGAAGUUCUCCAAACCUGGCUCUGUAGCUCAAAAGAAGGCUUAUUUUGAGGCUCAUUACAAGAGAAUUGCAGCUAAGAAGGCUGCAUCUUUGCUUGAGCAAGCUCAGAGUGUUGAAUCGAAUACUCAGGCUGAGAAAUCCAAUGCAGUUGCAGAAUCGGAAGAGUUAGGGAUCUCUACUGAUGAAAAUGCUUGUGAGAAUUUAUCUCGAUGGAAUGAGGUUUCAGUGUUGGAAGAGUCCAAGGUCCCUGCUAAUGAGCCAGCUUGUGAGAAUCAUUCCCAAUGUAAUGGGGUUUCAGAGUCGCAGAAGUUUGAGGUACUAAGUACCAAUGAGAGUCAAUCUCAAUGUGAUGAGGUCUCAGAGUUGGAAGACUUUGAUGCCCCUGCUAAUGCGAAUGCUUGCGAGAAUCAAUCUCAGAAUGUAGAGUUUACUGCGAUUCCUGAACCUACAGAUUUGGAUGGCUGUUUUCAUGGUGAUAUGAUGGAUAAAGCCGAGGUAUUUGGAGAGGAGGUCGCAUUGGGUAAUGAAAUUACAUCGUAUUUGGCGCCCGUUAAGGAGGAGGAAGGUAUUGUUGAAGAGAAACUGAUCAUUUCAGAUGGUCAGGCACAUGUUGAAGACUUGGUACAACUUAGGGACGACGGAACUAGGAAGCCUGAUGCCAGGAUAGAGCCGGGUAGAUCCGACCAAAUAGACAAGUCACCUCUAAAGGAGAACUGUAGUGCGAAUCGGGAGAAUUUUGCUGGAAAAGAUAAAAAUUUAGUACAGACCCCAUUGCCAAGAGAUGCUCAAAUCAUGAGGAAACUAAAGCUGCAUCAUGCUUCUCCAGCAAAACCUGCACCAUUUAAUAACAAGAAGGAGAAUCGAUGCAAAUCCAAAAGUGAGAGGGAUUCAAAGCAGAGUUCACAAGGAAAGAGGUCAGUUCAAAAUUCAUUGCACAUGUCACUCAGUUUGGCACCAGGAAACUCCCUUCGGACUCUUGAGAAAAUCCAUCAAUCUGAGGUAUCUAAUUCUGGAAGAGUAGCGAAUAGCUCCCCAGUUACAAAGAACUCUAAUCUGGAAACAGGAAGGACUUUACUCUCUACUCCUCCUACUGGAAUCAGAAGAAGUUUUGUGAGUACCCCAUCUUCUUCUUUCAGCUUAAGAAGCGAUGAGAGAGCUGCUAAACGUAGAGAGUUUUUUCUAAGACUGGAGGAGAGAUCAAAUGCUAAAGAGGCUCAGAAAGCACAGCUUCAGGAGAAAACCAAGAAAGAAGUGGAUUUGGAGCUUAAAAGGCUACGCCAAAGUCUUAAUUUUAAGGCAACAACAAUGCCAGAUUUUUAUGGGAGUGUAACAGAAGUAGCAAAGAAGCAGAUCAAGAAGAUCCCUUUGACACGGCCUGUAUCGCCCAAGCUGGGGAGGAAGCUCCAUUCCAAAACAACCUUGGGCCUAGAGUCUUCUCGUCCUCCAAAGCCUACUAAUACCAAGAGUGGUGGUUCUAAGGUUGCUUCCAAGAAGAGCCCCAUUGUAGAGAAGCAGACCGGUUUCAAGUGAUGUAAAAAUGAGAGAGAGAGUGUAAUGGUUUUGGUGUCCUUUGGCUAGUGUUAGUAGCUCCAUCUUAAUUCUUGUAUUUCUCAUUGGAAUGCAAUCCAAUAUAUGUUCUUCCCCUUUUCGAGGGUGAAAUUUUCAAUAUAUAUUUGGCAUUUUCUUCUUACCA